UGCUUCAAGGGAUACAAGAUGGAGGGUGCCGCGAAGGGGGAGGUCGUCCAGAUCGGCCCGCUCGCGACGUACGUCGCCGAGCCUCCAGCCCCGAACGCGCACCCGGAUACGGCCAUCGUCUUCUUCACGGACGUGUUCGGGCUCAGGCUCAACAACCCGAAGCUCAUGGCGGACAAGAUGGCGGAGACGACGGGCAUUCGCGUCUACGUGCCCGACCUCUUCUUCGGCGAAGGACUGGACCCAGACAGCCUGCCGAUCCCCGACACAGCGGAAGCGGCGCGUAACCAGACCGGCAUCCUCUGGACGGUCAAGAAGACCUUCACCAUCGCCGGCCUCGUGCCCUGGUACCUCCGCCACAAAGCGAGCAAGCACCUCGGCCACGCCGACGAGUUCAUCCAGGCGCUCAAGACCGAGCACGGCCUGAAGACGCUCGGCGCCGUCGGCUACUGCUACGGCGCCCCCUUCUGCACGCGCUACAACGCCUCGGGCGACGCGCAGGCGAUCGUGCUCGUCCACCCGUCCUCGCUCAAGGCGCCCGACGACUUCGCGUCGCUCCGCGCGCCCGUCUCGUUCGCGCUCGCGGAGGAGGACCACGCGUUCGGCCCCGAGCUCGCGGCGCAGGCGAAGGCGGCGCUGAAGGACAAGCCGUUCGACGUCGAGUUCGUCACGUACAAGGGCACCGCGCACGGCUUCGGGUGCCGGCCCAACUACGCGAUCGAGGACGUCCGGAAGGGCUUCGAGGGCGCGUUCGCGCAGACGUGCUCGUUCUUCAAGAAGCACUUGAUCUGAUUUCGCAUCCGCGCACGUCGCGAAUCGGAUGUAACCCUACUACGCAUCUUGCGCACGACAUGUUGUGCGGACACCUGCUCUCUCAUGUUCUCUCAUAGCCCUUCGCAUAAUUUGAUUGAUAGUUU